ACCUCCGGGUGCCCGCACCCAUGGCGAGCCUGCUGCCCCGCGCCCUGCGCCCCUGGCGCGCGCUCCGGGGGCCCGGCGGGCUGGCGGCUCGGGGCGCCCGGAGACCGGCGCCUGGGGCCGCGGCCUUGGCUCUCGCCCGCGAGGUGCCCUCCCGAGCCGCGAGCCUCGGCGCCGCCCCGCUCUACCCCGAGCACAUCCCCACGUCCCCGCUGCAGAAGGCGCUGCUGGCCGCGGGCGCCGCGGGCAUGGCGCUCUACGACCCCUACCGGCACGACAUGGUCGCGGUGCUGGGAGAAACCACGGGACUGCGAGCCCUGAAGGUGCUCCGGGAGAAGAUGAGGGGGCACCCAGAGGGCGCCCAGAUCCUGCAGGAGCGUCCCCGGAUCUCCCUGUCCACCCUGGACCUGGCGAGACUCCGCAGCCUCCCGGAAGGCUCGUUGGGCCGUGAGUACCUGCGCUUCCUGGAUGAGAAUAGGGUCUCCCCAGACACCCGCGCGCCCACCCGAUUCGUGGAUGACGAGGAGCUGGCCUACGUGAUCCAGCGGUACCGGGAGGUCCACGACAUGCUGCACACACUGCUAGGGAUGCCCACCAACAUGCUGGGGGAGAUCGUCGUGAAAUGGUUCGAGGCCGUGCAGACCGGGCUGCCCAUGUGCGUCCUGGGAGCACUCUUCGGCCCCAUGCACCUCAACGCCCCGAACCUGCGCGUGCUGGUCUCCGAGCUGAUCCCCUGGGCCGUGGCCAGCGGCCGCCGCGCGCCCUGUGUCCUCAACCUGUACUACGAGCGCCGCUGGGAGCAGCCCCUGAAGGCACUGCGGGAAGAACUGGGCAUCGCCGACCCCCCCUGGACCCCCAGCGCCGGGCCCCACCCCUGAGGCCCACCUGGCCACCUGUUCUUCCAUGCUGGACCCCGCUGGGCCUCUCUCCUCGUCACGGAGCUCCUGGACUUCAGGAGAACCUCGUGGGACUAGAAGUUGGCGGUCUGACAAGGACUGAGGGUGUCCGGCCCCCUCCUGGGUGCCAGGGGGUCCUGAGUGCUGGGAGGGCUCCCCACCUUCCACUGGCCUGAGAAGCAAGGGGGAGCCAUUGAGUGUCCCCCUGGGAAUAAAGGGCGCCU